GCCGAGGCCCCGCAGUCCGCCUCAGCCCGCCGCGCCACCCCCAGUACAUCUCCGGCCGCCGCGCCGCCUGGCUCUCGUAUUCCUUGUUCUCGGCGGGCUGUGGGGCCUCCGCGCCGCGGCCGUUAGUCAUGUCGGAUUCUGGAAGUUACGGUCAGUCUGGGGGUGAGCAGCAAAGUUAUUCUUCCUAUGGAAAUCAAGGCAACCAAGGCUAUGGACAAACACCACAAAGCUAUUCUGGCUAUGGGCAAACGACUGAUUCCUCUUAUGGACAGAACUACAGCAGUUACUCCGGUUAUGGACAAAGUUACUCACAGUCCUAUGGUGGUUAUGAGAAUCAAAAGCAGAGCUCAUAUGGCCAGCAGCCAUAUAAUAACCAGGGACAGCAGCAAAACAUGGAAUCAUCAGGAAGCCAAGGUGGAAGAGCACCUUCCUAUGACCAGUCAGACUAUGGUCAACAAGAUUCAUAUGACCAGCAGUCAGGCUUUGAUCAACAUCAAGGCUCAUAUGAUGAGCAGUCAAAUUACGAUCAGCAGCAUGAUUCCUAUAAUCAAAACCAGCAGUCCUAUCAUUCACAAAGGGAAAAUUACAGCCACCACACACAAGAUGACCGUCGUGAUGUGAGUAGGUAUGGAGAAGAUAAUAGAGGAUAUGGCGGGUCACAGGGAGGAGGUAGAGGGCGUGGGGGAUAUGACAAGGAUGGAAGAGGUCCUAUGACAGGAUCAAGUGGUGGUGACCGCGGUGGCUUCAAAAAUUUUGGUGGUCACAGGGAUUAUGGACCCAGACCAGAUGCUGAUUCAGAAUCUGAUAAUUCAGAUAACAACACAAUCUUUGUGCAAGGACUUGGGGAAGGUGUCUCUACAGAUCAGGUUGGAGAGUUCUUUAAACAAAUAGGAAUUAUCAAGACAAAUAAGAAGACCGGAAAACCAAUGAUAAACCUUUAUACAGACAAGGACACAGGGAAGCCAAAGGGGGAGGCAACAGUGUCAUUUGAUGACCCUCCUUCAGCUAAGGCAGCCAUUGACUGGUUUGAUGGUAUAGAAUUUCUCCCCGGCCCCAUCCCCCUAGGACGUGGAGGAUAUAGAGGUCGUGGAGGCUUUCAGGGGAGAGGCGGAGACCCCAAAAGUGGAGAUUGGGUUUGUCCUAAUCCGUCAUGUGGAAAUAUGAACUUUGCUCGAAGGAAUUCUUGCAAUCAGUGCAAUGAGCCUAGACCAGAGGACUCUCGUCCCUCAGGAGGAGAUUUCCGGGGGAGAGGCUACGGUGGAGAGAGGGGCUACAGAGGUCGUGGGGGCAGAGGUGGAGACCGAGGCGGCUAUGGUGGAGACAGAAGUGGGGGUGGCUAUGGUGGAGACAGAAGCAGCGGUGGUGGCUACAGUGGAGAUAGAAGUGGGGGGGGCUAUGGUGGAGACAGAAGUGGGGGUGGCUAUGGUGGGGACAGAGGCGGCGGCUAUGGUGGGGACAGAGGAGGCAGCUAUGGAGGAGACCGAGGAGGUGGCUAUGGAGGAGAUCGAGGUGGCUAUGGAGGAGACAGAGGAGGAGGCUAUAGCGGAGACCGAGGUGGCUAUGGAGGAGAUCGAGGAGGUUAUGGAGGAGAUCGAGGAGGUUAUGGAGGAGAUCGAGGGGGCUAUGGAGGAGACAGAAGCCGGGGGGGCUAUGGAGGAGACCGUGGUGGUGGCAGUGGCUACGGUGGAGACCGAAGUGGAGGCUAUGGAGGAGACAGGAGUGGUGGCGGCUAUGGAGGAGACCGAGGUGGGGGCUAUGGAGGAGACAGAGGUGGCUAUGGAGGCAAAAUGGGAGGAAGAAACGACUACAGAAAUGAUCAGCGCAACCGACCAUACUGAUGACUG